UAAAUGAGAAUUGAUGUUAAUAGAUUUCCAUUUUCGUUUCUUAUAGAUUUUAUGUAUAAAUAAUUAAUUAAAUUCAAUGCAAAAAGCGAAUGUACAUUUAAACAUUGUGUAAAGCUUCGCCGUUUCCUUGUCGACUUCACCAAAUCUAAAACAACGACACUGAAAUGUUGGAAGUUCUAAAUGGAUUUCUUUUGUUUUAUUUCGUCAUUCUGUGCUCCAUAAGUGCGUUAGUGCCUAUUAUAGUAAAACCGAUAGCAACAUGCUUCGCCAAACCGUCUAACGAAGAACGAAAUCUACUAGCCACUGUCUUGAAACUAAAGGCAGAACAGAAAUUAAUUUCAAUAAAAGAUGAGUUUGCUGCGUAUUCUAAACUUCAGCGACAGAUCAUCAAAUUGGAAAACCAGCUAAAGGAUGCUUCACAGUCUCGUAGGACUAAGAGCCUAGCUAUAAAGGGUUCUGUUCACAUCGUCCUCCAAGUGACCAUAGCAUUAAUGAUAGUAAUCUCAGUUAUAUGGUUCAGAAGGGAACCCAUAGUGGCUUUCAAGGGAAAUCUUUUCCCUCUUAUGUCAAUUCUAAGAUACCCUAGCGAUAUGCCUAAUGCUAUAUCUACACACAUCUGGGUACUUGUCUCUAACAUCUCGAUAAGAUCCUUGAUAAAACCAUUUGUUUGAUUGUAUUGUAAUUUUUGUAUUUAUAUUAAAUGAAAAAAAUUAUUUAUUUCUUUAUUUAUUAAACAAAAUAACAUACUCAGUUCGACAUAAGUCCAAAUCUGUCCUCUAAAAAUAUGAAUAACAAAAAAGCUUUUCACGC